AUGGUAAUAAAGAAUACAAUUAUUACAGUACGCUAUGAUGAAUUAAAAAACCAGUCAACUGGCAAUAUCUUCCGCAUAUGGUGUUAUAGCAAAUACAAAAUUAAAAAUGUGCUUGGAAAAACAUUGUCAUUUAAAAACAGUUUUAAUUGACCUUAUUGGCAUUCAGUAAAACAAAUUGGUAAUUUGUACAAGGCCAAAGUUAGAGUUGACUUAAUUUUCUGAUGGUAGGAGAGGGUUCAUAUUUGUUGAACACCAACUUACACUACUAAAUAACAUUUUAAAUUUUCGGUUGAUAAAAUACCAAAUGAGCGAUAAGUUGAUGGAUGUGGUUUUAUUUGCCUUUAAAAUGUGACGGAUAAUAAAUUGAAACAAUAAUUGCUAAAUACCGUCACGUAACUAAGUUGUAAAUUGUAACUAACUAUGUUCUCUGUAAGUUGGACAUAAAGUUACGACUUAGUUUAUAGGCGUUUUGCUAAAAAUGGUUGUUACGAACACGGUAAUAUUGUAAACGAUGGGUACUUGAUGGUACGGUAUAUUUUGUAUCGUUGGCAUUACUGCAUGUGUUAUCGAUGAAAGAUACGAGAUAGUACAGCAGUAUCAGAUGCGAGCUAAAAAAUAUAUAUUAUCUUGAAUCAUGCCUGUGACAGCAACAAGCAGUGAUAACCGACAAGUAAAGCGAAUUGAAUAGUAAAUACUUGCAGGGGUCUCGAAUAAGUUGUGACAAUUGUAGUCAUCAUUCGGCAAUAUUUCUAUAGGUAUUAAAAAUAUAUGCUAUAUACAAGCUCAUAGUCUUAUUGUUAAUUUUACGGUCACAAACAUGUCCCAAUUGGACGCGAACAAAAACAGGCAGCAAAUAUUGGAUACUUGGAAAGAUGUGGUGGAUGACAAGACGCCGACCAACUGGGCCGUGUAUGGCUAUGAGGGUCCAACUAACAUACUUAAGUUUAUUAGCCAAGGAGAAGGGGGAAUCGAAGAAAUGAAAGAAGACUUAAAUAGCUCUAAAAUAAUGUAUGCAUUCUGUCGAGUGUUGGACCCAAAGACUAGCCUUUAUAAAUGUGUCCUAAUAAAUUGGCAAGGAGAAGGGGCGCCUAUUGUCAGAAAAGGAACUUGUGCUAAUCACAUUCGUGAUGUAUCUAACAUUUUAAAGGGAGCUCAUGUUACUAUAAACGCACGUAACGAUGAUGAAGUGGAUACAGAUAUUAUACUAUCUAAAGUUUCUAAGUCAUCGGGGUCAGUUUAUUCAUUUAAAGAAAGACUUGAUCAAUCUCAGCCGCAAGAGAAAAUUGGUACUUCUUACAAAAGAAUUCAACCUAAUUUAGAAAUAAAUUCAUCAGAAAGGGAUAAGUUUUGGGCAGCUGAAGAAGAAAAAGAAAAGUUAAGACAAGAAGGAGAACGGAAAAAAAAAGAACUAGAGCAGAAAAAAAUAGAGAAUGAAAGACUAUUGCGAGAAGAUGCUGAUAGAAUAAGAAGAGAUUCAAUAAUAAAUGAAGAAAUUCCAAAAACUGAAUCAAAACCUAUUGUUGUUGAAGCAGAACCAGAAAAACAAGAAGAUGUUAAAAUCGAACCUGCAAAACCUGAAUUAGUCACUGAAGAAAUUGUAAAUCAAAAUGAACAAAAUAAUGUUGAGGAAGAUUUAGGAAUUAAAGCUGAAGCAUUGUACGAUUAUCAAGCAGCUGAUGAUACAGAAAUUUCAUUUGAUCCUGGUGAUAUAAUUUGUCAUAUUGACAAAAUCGAUCAAGGCUGGUGGCAAGGUUUGAGCCCUGAUGGUACAUUUGGUCUAUUUCCAGCCAAUUAUGUUCAACUUCUUCCUUAAUGUAGUAUUAGGCACUAGAUUCUUUGUUCUCUUGUUUAUACCAUAAUAAUUACUAAUUAGUAUUUAUAUCUACGAUUUUAUUAUGAACUUAAAUUUUAAUUCAUUACAAUACGUAAUUGGUUGUGAAAACAUGUUUUAAUCAUGUUUAAGUUUUAAAUAUUUAAAAUCAUUGUUUUGGUAAUAAUUAAAA